AUGGUCUGUGCAUGGCAGUUGUGGCUCUCACCUCGUCCGAAGCGUUCGGUGAUUGCUUCCGGCUCGCACAUUUACUCCAAUGAUGACGCUGCGCUCUUUGAGUUCCUCAAAGAGGAUGAUGGCCGAUGGGUUGUGAGAGAAACACACUACAUCAAUAACCCUUUGGUGAAGAACGGGCUUUCUGGCCCACCCCUCCACAUCCACUGGAAGCAGGCUGAGUACUUCAAAGUCGAGCAAGGAGUAAUUGGGAUCCAUAAAAAUGGGAAGCAGCUCAGGGUUACGAAGGAUGAUGGUGUAAUUGAAGUGCCAGCCGGUACACGACACAAAUUUUGGUCGCAUCCAUCCAACCAAGAAGAUCUAGUGUUCAAGGUAUGGGCUGAGCCCCAGGGCCUCGACCAUAGCUUCGACGAAAAGUUCAUUCGCAACCUAAUCGGGUACCAGAGAGACUGUAAAAUGGCUAACAUGGCGCCAUCUGUUUUCCAACUCAUGCUAAUAUGCUAUGAUUGCGCAACCCUUGCUACACCACCUUUCUGGGUGCCGUUGUGGCUCCUUACCUCGAUCCAGUACGUCUUGGCUUACUGGAUUGGGGGCCAUUUGCUGGGAUAUAAGCCAUCUUAUUCCGAGUAUUAUAGAGAGCCUGGGGAUAAGAAGACGAUGUGA